UCUUGGCAAGAUUUCGGGUUCUUAAUGAGAGACAACAAGGACCGACUCUUGCACACCACGUGAAGGGUCUGGUGACGAAUUUCUCAUCCCAACAUAGGUGUAUUCGGCAGCCGCAGACAGCUGAUUGAACUGGUCCGACUACAUACAUUUCAGAGUUGGCGAUCUAUCGCAAAAGAAUAAUGGCAAGCAAUCGAAGUGAUGAAACUCUAAUUUCCCAGACAAAUAUGGACACAUGUUCAGAGACAACAGUUGAAAUCAAGAUUAAGACUUUGGAUUCUCAAACUUACACUCUUCGGGUGGACAAAUGUGUUCCGGUCCCUGCUUUAAAAGAGCAAAUUGCUAUAGUUACUGGUGUAUUAUCUGAGCAACAGCGACUUAUUUGUCGUGGAAAAGUCUUAAAGGAUGACCAACUCCUAUCAGCUUACCAUGUGGAAGAUGGCCAUACAUUGCAUCUUGUUGUGCGACAACCGAUCCUUGCAUCAUCUGAGAGUUUGGCAAAUCAGCUAGGACACGACUCAGAUGGAAGUACUAGUCGACAAGGAGCAGGUCCUAGCGUGGUUGUUGGGACCUUUAACUUAUCUGAGCAAGGUGAUGAUGUUAUUCCAGAUCUAGGCCGGAUUUUAUCUGCUGUCCUUGGUUCUAUUGGGAUCACAAACAUGGGAAGUGUUAAUGCUAGCACGGACGUCAGGGAUCCUUCUAUGGAAAGGCUUUCAAGACCAGCUAUUUUUGUUGAUUCGAGAAACACUGGAGGACGGCAGCAGGAUCUAGCUACUGGUGUGGAUCAAGUUAAUUCUCGCAAUAAUGCCUUUUCUUUUCCAGAAACUGUUCCAUUAGAUGUUUUGCAAUCACCGGUGAUUCCUGAUUCCCUAACAACAUUGUCCCAAUAUAUGAGUCGCAUUAGACGAGAACUUGAGGCAAAUGCUGCAGUCAGAGGUGAAAUCAUCAAUUCUCAAGUUUCUGGUAUUACUCAUGGGAUUGAUGUACAAGAAGCAGGGCAGGGUGGAGUUCCAACACCAGCAGCUUUGGCAGAAGUCAUUCUAUCUGCCAGACAGAUGCUCACUGAACAAGCUGCAGCGUGCUUGUCGCAUCUUGCAGUACAGCUGCAGAACCAGGUGAAUGUGUCUGAUCCUUUAGCAAGAAUAAACAUUCAGACCAACUCCAUAAGAUCUGGUGACCUUUUGAGAAAUUUAGGCGCUUUCCUGCUUGAGCUUGGUCGCACAAUCAUGACUUUGCGAAUGGGACAGGCACCGGCUGAUGCUGUGGUUAAUGCUGGUCCUGCUGUUUAUAUAUCUCCAUCUGGCCCUAAUCCUAUUAUGGUCCAGCCACUUCCUUUUCAUUCUGGUACAAAUUUUGGGGGGCUUCCUGCUGGAAAUGCACAGCCUGGAAAUGGGACAUCUGGUGGAUCUCUUGAUUCAGGUCUCAUCCCUAGGAAUAUAGAUAUCAGAAUACGCACAGGUCCUGUGUUGACCAGCCUUAUUAAUAAUUCAAGGGAAUCAUCUGGUCAGCAGCAAGGUGCAGAUCAAGUGAACCCAUCAGCCUCUGGUGGUGUGGCGCAGCAAGAAGUUGGAGUUGCUUCUGAAAAUCCAUUGCCUGAUGGAGAGCCUACAGUUAGAAUAGUUCCUUUGAGGACUGUUAUGACAGCUGUACCUGCAUCCAUGAGGCGCUCCUCUUCUGCUGAUUCUUCUCGUGGAUCAGUUGGCCUAUUUUAUCCUGUUUUAGCAAGAGUGCAACAUGUGGCUUCCCUGAGCUUUCGGGGAUCGCAAACAUCCAAUGAACAAACUGAGAAUGGAUUGCAGCAAAAUCCAGAUUCUGGGUCAUCACAGCAAACUGGUCUUCCUGGAGUACUACAUGAUGAAGUUCCACAAAAUGGUCAAGGAUCUUCUACUCAGAGACUUGAUCAGUUGUUCAGGACUAUGUUUCCCGUUGAGCAAAUCCAUGUUGAAAAUACCGGCGCUCAGGAGAUGGAUCAGGAGACUGAGCAAACUGAAACAAUGACGAAUGCUGGCGACAAUCAGGAGACUGAGCAAACUAUUAUUAGUGAGGAAGGAAUUUUCUUAUCUAAUCUGCUUCACCAGAUCAUGCCUAUCAUCUCUCAAAACAUGGGUAGCUCUACUGCAGAUGAAAUGCAGAAUGGAGAUAGACAAGAGCCUUUGACUCAAGGCAACUUGAAUAGAGAUGCAUCACCUCAUCGACCUGGGGAACCAUUGGCUGAACCAAGCUCUAAACGUCAAAAGAGGGAGUGAUGACUGAUCACAAAAUAUGGCGCCAAAAGACAACAUGGAACUAGUUUUUUCUCCAGAUUGAGAUAAUGAGGUGAUUUCUGAAGUUGCCGAUUUUACUCAUCAGCUGGCAGCUAAGGGUCAAAUUCAUGGGUCUUUUAAGUGGGGUGGGCACUAGAUACAGAAGUUAUAAGAUGUCACAUUUAUUGCUGGAACCCAUCUUAUCAGUAUCUUAAAUUCUAAAUUGGCAUUACUUUUUACAUUUUUUUUUUCUGGGUUAGAAACCAAUCAAGCAUUGCAUAAACAUGCUUUUAUUGAGUAUGCUUCAUUAUAUAUUUUUUUUUGGAUCCCACAGUUUGAUAAUCAAACUGCACUUUUUUUCUGGGUUUAAUUUGAGACAUGAAUCAGCAGGAAUGAAAAAGAAAGUUUAAAUGCA